UGCCAGGCCGCCCAGCGACUCCGACUUCAGGGCUGCAGGUGACACCCGCCCCUUGUGCCUUGCGAUUCCUGCCUGUCCAGUAGGCCUGCGCUCCCAGCCCUCAUGGGGAGAAGUUGGCACAGGCUGGCAUUAACGUGCAAGGCGAGUGCAGGGCGCGCCUCCCCCAGCCCCCCACAGUUCCCCUGGGGACCUUGAAAGGGUUAUUAAGGAAUUCUCCCAGUUAGUUCCAAGUAACAGUAGAGGUGCUGACCUUACCGAGAGUCACUUCAGCUGUUACAGCUCCUGUAACAUCCGUGACUAAAACACGAACAUUUUUUUUUCCCAUUUCAACAAAUUAAAGGAGCCCUAGUGGCGCGGUGGUUCGGGUAGUCAACCAAAAGGUUGGCAGUUGGAAGCCACCAGCUGCUCCUUGAAAACCCUGUGGAGUAGUUCUACUCUGUCCUAUAGAGUUGCUGUGAGUUGAAAUCGCCUUGACAGCAGCGGGUUUUAUCAGACGUUUUGCUCAUGAUUCCUUCAGUUUUUGCUUUCAUCACCACUUUUUUAUGGCAACCUACCCCUGCCCCCUCCCCAGGUAGCUUGCAGUUAUCUUACAGUAGGAGGGGGAGACCAAGAUGAAGCCUCUGUGUGUUUGCCUGUGGACUCCAGGAAGCCAGCUCCUGUAUGUAUGUGUAUAGCAGAGAACGCCAGGAAUUCUUGACCUCAUGGUCCAUUCUUGUGUUUCAGGGUCUCUUAAGCAUCCCUGAAAGUUCUGGCUCAGAGAUGUCCGGCCCCUGACUGCCGCAGCCCUUGAUCUAAUGUCUUUGUGUCUCUAGCAUGAGACUUCAAGCAGUUGACUCACUGCUGGAGAAAUAAAGGAUAUUGCCAGAUUGACUCUCCUGCCCCUAGCAAUGUCACCCCCAAGCAAGAGAAUGACCAGCUCUCUGCGUUCCCAGAUCUUUCUAAUGUGGAAGCCAGACAGGACUCACAGUGGACUCCGCAAUACUGAGAAGGAAACCCUUGCUUCAAGGCUCUCACGUGACACUGAGACCUGUCGACAGAAUUUUAGAAAUUUUCCUUACCCAGAACUGUCUGGUCCUCGAAAGGCUUUAAGUCAACUCCGAGAGCUCUGCCUUAAGUGGCUGAGACCUGAGAUUCACUCAAAGGAACAGAUCCUGGAGCUGCUGGUACUGGAACAAUUCCUGACUAUCCUGCCUGGGGAGGUUCGGACUUGGGUGAAGUCCCAGUACCCUGAGAGCAGUGAAGAAGUGGUGACUCUGGUGGAGGAUUUGGUUCAGAUUCUAGAAGAGGAAGCUCCUCCUCAGAGCUCCACCUCUUCCCAAGAGACCCCAGAGGAAGACAUAGCCACUGCUUUCCGGGCAGGGUGGCUAAAUGACUUGGUAACCAAAGAAUCAAUGACAUUCAAGGAUGUGGCUGUGGACAUCACCCAGGAGGACUGGGAGCUAAUGCGUCCUGUACAGAAGGAAUUGUACAAGACCGUAACGUUACAGAACUAUUGGAACAUGGUUUCUCUGGGACUUACAGUUUACAGACCAAGUGUGAUUCCCAUAUUGGAAGAGCCAUGGCUGGUGAUAAAAGAAAUUUUAGAAGGCCCUAGUCCAGAAUGGCAAACUAAAGCCCAAGAGUAUACUCCAGGAGAGGAUACUUCUGAACUUAAAAAGGAUGUUACCCAGACCAUCAAAUUGGAAGAAUCAUAUGGCUGUGAUGACAGAUUAGAGAGGCAAGCAACGGAGUCCUUCAGGAAACUUCCCACUAAUGAGAGUGAUUUCAGUUUGAAGUCAUUCCUUUCACAAGAAGAUGGUCCUGCAGAAGAGUAUCUUAGUAAAUAUGAUGUAUAUAGAAAUAAUUUUGAAAAACAUUCAAGCCUAAUUGUACAUUUUGGUACCCAAUCAGAUAAUAAAACUUCUAUGUAUAACGAAAGCAGGACAACCUUCAAUCAUGUCUCAUAUGGUAUUGUACGUGGGAAAGUGUAUCCUGGAGAGAAGCCUUAUAAGUGUAAUGUGUGUGGGAGAAAAUUUAGGAAAAACUCAUCCCUCACGAAGCACCAAAGUACCCAUGCCAAAGAGAGAUUUUAUGAAUGUGAAGAAUGUGGAAAAGAGUUUAGGCAUAUCUCUUCCCUCAUUGCACAUCAGAGAAUGCAUACAGGAGAAAAACCAUAUGAAUGCCAUCAGUGUGGUAAAGCCUUCAGCCAGCGUGCACACCUUACUAUACAUCAGAGAAUUCAUACCGGAGAGAAGCCCUACAAGUGUGAUGACUGUGGGAAAGACUUUAGUCAGCGUGCACACCUCACUAUACAUCAAAGGACACACACUGGAGAGAAACCAUAUAGAUGCCUGGAGUGCGGUAAAACCUUCAGCCACAGUUCAUCACUAAUUAAUCAUCAGAGAGUUCAUACUGGAGAAAAACCUUACAUAUGUAACGAAUGUGGGAAAACUUUCAGUCAGAGUACACACCUUCUUCAACAUCAAAAAAUACAUACUGGAAAGAAACCGUAUAAAUGCAAUGAGUGUUGGAAAGUGUUCAGUCAGAGUACUUACCUUAUUCGACAUCAGAGAAUUCAUUCUGGAGAGAAGUGUUACAAAUGUAAUGAAUGUGGAAAAGCCUUUGCUCAUUCCUCAACUCUUAUUCAACAUCAAACUACACACACUGGAGAGAAAUCCUAUAUAUGUAAUAUAUGUGGGAAAGCAUUCAGCCAGAGUGCGAACCUUACUCAGCAUCAUAGGACACAUACUGGAGAAAAACCAUACAAAUGCAGUGUGUGUGGGAAAGCCUUCAGCCAGAGCGUGCACCUUACUCAACAUCAGAGGAUUCAUAAUGGAGAAAAGCCUUUUAAAUGCAAUAUAUGUGGGAAGGCAUAUAGACAGGGUGCAAAUCUAACCCAACAUCAAAGAAUUCAUACUGGAGAGAAACCAUAUAAAUGUAAUGAAUGUGGGAAGGCUUUUAUUUAUUCCUCAUCACUUAAUCAACAUCAGAGAACUCAUACUGGAGAAAGACCCUAUAAAUGUAAUGAAUGUAACAAAGAUUUUAGCCAGAGAACAUGUCUUAUUCAACACCAGAGAAUUCACACAGGAGAGAAGCCCUAUGGGUGCCGUAUAUGUGGUAAAACCUUUACCCAGAGUACAAACCUUAUUCAGCACCAACGAGUUCAUACGCGUGUAAAACACCGUAAUUAAUGGAUAUGGGAGACUUCAUUUAGAUUUUACAGCUUAAUCAUUUAAAUUUUAUUUGUGCCCCCUGUGUGUUAAAACACUACUCUUAUUCAAAAGAAACCCAAAAGUGCAAUACGUAUCAGAUAUCACUCAGCAGAAAUGUCAGAAUUAGUAACAUGGAUAUAACCUGGUUAUAUUUAAUGUGAAAAAAACUUCACUCACUUCUUAACCUUUAUUUGAUGUUGGUUUAAUUCAUUCGAGAAAGAAACAGUAUAAGAGUAUUUGAAAACCUGUAACUCGUCUACUCUUGCCUAUGUUUCAAGUUCUUAAUGAGGCCUUAUAAAUGUAAUUUGGGAUCGUUUCCACCAACUAGAUUUCAGAUAGAAAGUAACCCUGGGAUUAUAAAAAAGAAAAAGCUGCUUUUGGGUCCUCAUUUCUUCCCAGCUUUGAUGCCUUAAAAGAUGUAAAGAGUUUGUUAUUAUGCCAUAACUGCCAUGUGGAGCCAGUAGGUCUGCAGAAAAUAAUAAUAAUUGAAAGUAUCUUGAAGAUUCUCUAUGACCACUGUUUAUUUACACUUUCCUCCAAAUACGGAAAUAUUAAAGGAAGAGAAACUUAAAGAUCUGUCAGAAUAGAGGAACUAAUAUUGUAUAUGUAACCUUUAGACAUGUACAGAUUUAAACAGGCAAAAAUGAAACGCCCCAAGCUUAAGUUAAUUUAAAAUGCAUUAGCUUUAGUUUCACUAGGUUUUGACAUGUAGGGUGAUCCUGAAGGAAGAAAAUAGGCAUACAAGUCCCAUCUCCUCUAGCUGACUCCUUAGUUCAUACCAUGGGUUUCGCUAUGACUCUUUCACUGUAGAAAGUCCAUUUCUUCCGUUGAAACACUUGUUCCUUGGGUUCCUGCUGUGCUCAGGCCCAGACUUACUCAUUGAAUCCUUUCAGGACUUGUUACAGUGCUGAAUAUCACAGCUGAUGUAAGUAAUAGAGUUUUCUAAAAGAUUGAACGAUGAAAGUAAGGACGUGAUUUUAACUACUUCGUCAUGGAAUGACCAUAGAAGCCUGCUAAAAAUAGGUUGCCAAAUGCUACCCUGUCCCAGGACAAGUAAUGAAAGCUAUAUAAAGAAUAUAUACUUUGUUGUAUAUACUUAGUAUAUAAAGAAUAAGUAAUGGAAAAUAGAUUUGAGUUCACUGCAGAAAGUGGAUCAGGGAAAAAUUAAGCUGAAGACCUAACAGUGUGGAAGGAGAAUAUAUAUGUAACUAUUUUAAUACUGAAUGUAAUUGGGCCUGGUUUACCUAAGAAAAUAAGUGACCAAUUAAAUAAAAAAUGCAAAAUUCAGCCUGUUUAUAAGAAGAAACUAAAAAUGAAAUGACUUUUUUUCAGGGAUAGUUGGAAGCCUGUUUCUCCUUCGUACAUGUAAAAAAAGAUGUUUCAUUGACAACAGAAACAAUCAGUGAUGCAAACUAGCAUUGAAUCAUUAAGCAAUAAUAACUGAGUUUGUGGGUCUUGAACAACGUAAAAGGAAAACUGGCAGAAAUGCAUCUUAAAAAGAAAAAAAUACCAUUGUAUUUAAUGCUCACUGCAUUCUACUCUCAGAAUAUAAGCCCAUGCCCUGAGAGCUGAGAUUUCACCUCGCUCAUAUUUGUCUCUCCAGUACCUUGCACAAAGGAGAUGAUCAGUGUGUUGGUUGAAUUAAUGAAUAGAUACGUAGAUAAAUUAGAGUUGAGUAAUAAGGUGGAAUUGACUGACAUGGAGUGAAAUUGUAGAACUAAAAACAUUUUUUAUUUGUGCUUACAUGGAAAGAAAUACUUAGAUAAAAUAUUUAUAGUUUACUGGGUGAUAAACCCACUGCCAUGGAGUUGAUUCCGCCUCAUAGCGACCCUAUAGGACAGAGUAGAAUUGCCCCAUGGGGUUUCUGAGGAGCAGCUGGUGGAUUUGAACUGCCAGCCUUUUGGUUAGCAGCCUAGCUCAUGCCCACUGCGUCACCAGGGCUCUGACAAUGGUUAUAGUCUUUUAACAAACUCAUGGGACACCUUUGCACAAGGAAGUUUUCCUGACCUAGAUGAGGAAAAGUUGAUGUAAAUUCCGGUGCCCCAAAUAUCAAUAUAAGCAUUUAUUGGCCAGGCAGUUUCAUUUGGACAUUAUUGUUUACAUAAACAUUCUACAAACAAGUGCUGAAGGUCCUACCAUCUUCAAGGCUUUAUUGUUGAGUGCUUUCAUCAAGGAAUUAUUGAUUUCCCUUGUCCUUCAUUACUUAACCUUGACUUCAUGAUACCAUCCUUCAAAAAGGACAUAUUGUCUCCAGGUGCAUAAUACUCAAAUUAUGCUUAUUCCAUAAUUACAUUAAAAAUAAUAUUUGAGAUGCACUUUUCCCUUGAAAUGAAUGUGUGGAGUAUCACAGUCCAUGGCCCCUUUAUGUUUAUUUGUAUUUCCUGCCUUUGUGUAUUUUAUAUAAAUAAUGCAUUUAUAAAGUCUUCCACCGAUACUGAGGUAAUUGAUUGCCGUAUUAAAUAGUAGAAUAAUAAUAGUGAAAAAUCAUAGAUUUUUGUGUAUUUUCCCACUUUUGCAGUUUUCUGACCCACAUGUAACUGAAAAGUUUUUUAGUCUUAUUUUUCCAUACCUCUUACUAAGAAAAUUUUCAAAUAAACAGAAAAGUUCAUAAUAAAACCAACUGUAUACUCACCAUGUAGACUUAAAAAUUAACAUUUUGUCAUAUUCUUUAUGAAAUAAUUUGAAGGUAACUUACAGACGGGACAUUUCACCCCUAAAUAAGCAUGCAUCUCAUAAAAAUAUGGACAAUCUUUUACAUAACCAUAAGGCUAUCACCUACCUAAAUAAUGAACAGUAACUCCCCAACACCUAACACCUACCCAGUAACACCUAGUUCAUGUUUAAAUUUCUUUUGUUGAUCCAAUCAAAUUUCACACAUUACAUGUGAUUGUUGGGUCUGUUUCAUAUGUCUAGAACAGUUCCCCAUAUUUUGUUUUUCCAAGAUUUUUUUUAAAGAGAUUAAGUCAGGGGUCUUGUAGAAUGGCCCACAUUCAGGACUUAACUGUUUACAUGUGGUUUAUCUUUUUCCUGGAUCCCCUGUAACCUGUUUCCAUCGAGUCAAUUCUGACUCAUAGCCACCCUAUAAGACAGUAGAACUGCCCCAUGGGGUUUCCAAGGAGCACCAGGUGGAUUCGAACUGUCAGCCUUUUGGUUAGCAGCCCUUGCUCUUCACCACUAUGACACCAGGGUUUCCACAAUCCCCUGUAGUGUCUAUAAAUUGGAAGUUAGAUCCAAAGGCUUGAUUGGCUUCAGGUUAAACAUUGUUGACAUUUCCUAAGUGUAUUUCAU